AUGGGAAGCAAAUGUAGUUGCUUAGACAACUUAAUAAAAAAAUACAUCAGUCUUAACAAGCUCACAGAUUCCAUAGUUUUGACAAACUCUAUUCUUAAUCUGACGCUGCCGGUUGUCGUCCAAAGUCCACCGUACGAUCUGGCGUUUAAAUAUAGACGUGUAGACGUUUACGUCUUAGAACUGGAUGCUGAAGAUCUUGAGUUUUGGCUAAGGAACGAUCGCCAACACUUCAAUCCUAGAGCUUUGUUUGUCCUACUUAUGGACAACUUCAGUAACACUUUAUUGCCUUUGUUCGUUAAGCAUCACGUUUACAAGGUGUUGUUGAUUUUCAACUUGCAAAUCUUCGGUUUUAAUCCCUACGUUUUCGAGAAUGUGUACGAAGAAGAUUUAAGCUGGAGCAAAAUAGGGUCGUGCAACUCAGUUUCCUUCUUUGAUGUAAGUUUUGUAGGUCACCUUCCUAAAACAUGGCGCAACACCACGAUGAAAAUGCUGGUUAAAGAGGUAACUCCCUUCAGUUUUAUAUCUAAUAAUUUGAUAACUGGCUUCGAGUACGACAUAUAUAAAACGGUACAGCAAAGGCUAGGUUUCAAAAUAAAGACAACGAAACAAACGGACAAACUCUGGGGUGAGAGAUUGCCAAACGGCUCCUUUGAUGAGGGAUUGGGGAGGCUGCAGAGCCACCAACAUGAUGUGGUUAUCGGAGCUUACAGUAACAUGGAUGAUUAUUUUAUGGAUUUCGACAUGAGUUACGUUUACAUUUCGAAGAAAGUUACUUGGAUAGUUCCAACUGCAAAACUUCUAGGGUUUGAAGUCAGGAUAUAUCACAUCUUGUCUUGGCAAGUUUGGCUGGUUUUUAUCCUGGCAGCUGUUGCUUCCGUUCUUGUUUACAAGAUCAUGGGGUUGAACGUUUGUGCUAUGACUUUCUCUGUGUUUGCGUCGUUGGUCGGCUCCACAAUAAAAUUAAGAAAGACCACCCUGUCGUUUAGAGCUUUGAUGGGCGCUUGGUUGUAUUUUUGCCUUAUUAUUUCCACCAUGUUCAGGAACGAGAUGGUGUACAUGUUCAGUUCCGUCCAGUACGCUCACGAGAUAAACACGAAGGAGGAUCUCUUUGUUUCUGAAAUGGAUUUGGUGGUCAUACCGUACAUUGCGACAUACUGUGCCCAACACAACGAUCCGAGAUACAGACAGUUUAUCAAAAGGGCUGUCGUGAAUGAUAAUCCAAAUAUAAUGUGGGAUUUGGUGGCCUAUGAAGGUCACAUCAGUAACGUGUACAAGCUUGUGGCGGAAAGUAUUAUUGCCAGACGUUACCUGGACAACAACGGUAUGCCUUUGAUACAUAUUGUGGAGGAGAAGCUUUUCGAGACCUACACCAGUUUGGUGAUGGUCAAAGGUUAUCCGAUGUAUGAACAGAUCAACCGAUUGAUUCUUCUCUUGAUGGACAAUGGGUUUAUUUGGGAAAGGAUCAAGUUUUAUACCGAUUAUGCGAAUAAGUUGAGGUCGAAGGCGAAGGUUCUCAAGAAACACACUCUGGGUUAUGAGCAGUUAAAGUUUGUAUUCGGGUUGUGGGUUGAAAGUCUUUUCAUCAGUAUUUUGGUAUUUAUCUGUGAAAUAUUUUAUUAUAAAUGGAGCACUAGAAUUUCUUUGUAA